AUGUCGGACACCGAGUCGGAGACGGACGUCCACCUUGGCGGGUCGCCCAACGACCAGCUCGCGUGGCUCCACACGGCGCGCGAGCGCACGGCCGAAGUCCUCCAGCAACGCAAGCAGAGCAAGAAGCGCUACACCGAAAACUGGGUUGCGUACGCGCAGCAACUCGGGCUCUUGCCGAAUCCCGUGACGGCCGAGUCGGUCGCUGCCUUCUUCCACACGACACCUGGUCUCGACAAGACCAAGGUCGGCGAGUACCUAGGGGAAGGACCUGAGGACAAGUACCCGUUCCACGCCCAAGUCCGCGACGCCUACGUCGGCAUGUUUGACUUUAAAAAGACGACCUUGGACCAAGCGCUGCGGCUGUGCCUCUCGAAAUUCCGGCUCCCGGGUGAAGCCCAAAAGAUUGACCGGAUGAUGGAGACGUUCUCGCGAGAGUAUUAUCGCCAGAUCCAGCUCGACAACCUCGACCAGCCCCUCGCGGAUGCCGACGCAGCCUUCAUCUUGUCGUUCUCGAUCAUCAUGCUCAACACGGAUUUGCACAGUGACCAGAUCCAGCGCAAGAUGACCGUCGACGAGUUUGUCCGCAACAACCGCGGCAUCAACGCCGGACAAGACCUGCCGCGCGAGUACCUCGUGGCACUCUACAACAACCUUCAAGCCAACCAGAUCAAGAUGCAGACCGACGUCUCGGAUCUCAACACGGACGACGCGAUUGCGACGGUCGACCGGUACUCUGCGCAGUGGGAAGGGGUGCUGAAGCGCCAGCAAAACGUCGUCGGUGCGUCGUUUACAUCGAACGCGUCCGUCCUCAAGCUUCGCGCCGGUCGCCACGAACGCGAGAUGUUCCGCCUCAUCCUCGACACGACGACGUCGAGCAUUCUCACGGCCUUUGAACGCACGGGCGACGAGAGCACGAUGGCAAAGGCGUUGGACGGCAUUGCCAGCGCGACCAAGAUUGCCAUCUACUUUCAAAUGGUGCCCGAGGUCAACAAGCUCAUUGCGGCGCUGGCCGCGUACUUUGUCGAGUUUGCCCACGGCGUCAUGAACGGCGAGCGGGUGCACUUGCCAACGGUGGACUCUGCGAGCAAGCGGGGCCGCGCCGGCUCGGACAAGGGCGACAGCGUUCAUGUGAUUUUGCGCGAAGAAGAGCGGCAAAGCGGGCUCAAGACGAGUCGCACGCUACGCACGCUGCAGCUGCUCUUUGAUGUCGUCGCCAAGUACGCCGACUGCCUCCGCCAAGACGCAUGGACGUCCGUGGUCGAGUGCAUUCUCAUCUUCAACGAGCUCGACAUUGCGCCGACAUCGCUGGUCGAGAUGGACGAUUUCGUCGACUCGAGAGGCGUGCCACUGCCGCCAGCCCAAGCCCACCUCUCGCCGCGCGCGCAGCAGUCGCUGGUGGCGGGUGUUUCGGGCAAGACGCGCGAGCGGUCGCGCCGGCUCGCCGAGCGCCAGGCAGCGCAUCGCCAGCAGCGCAAUCUGCAGCAAGGCGCGUCUAACGUUCCAUCCGGCGGGUUUUGGGACUCGCUGUCGUCGUACCUCUGGAGCGAAGACGACGACGACGUCGACCUCAACUACCCGCUCGUGAGCAACGCGCUGCGCGACUGUGUCGCCACGUGCGGCGGCGGCCUCCUCGAGCGCGACGCGUGGUUCCGCAUGUGCCGCAAGCUGAGCAACGAGAGCUGUGUGAGCUUGCUCGAGAGUCUCCUUGCCGCGCGCGACCCGUUCAAGAGCGUUUUGCAGCACUCGACAGGCAUUGUCGACUGGAUGAUGCAGGAGAAUGCGAUUCUGGCGCUGGAACUUGGCAUCAACCUCGUGCUCGUCAACAUCCACCGGUUCCCGACGUUGUGGCCUGCCGUGCACACAUACGUGGCGCGCAUCCUGCACAGCAAGGCCGACUUUGAGAUGACGCUGCUUGUCGAACGCGUCGUCGUCAAUGUGCUGCGCGUGUGCAUCCGGCUUUUCCACGACGACGCCGCGCGUCCGAUGCUCCUCGACACGCUCGUCUUGCUCAAGGAGCUCGAGGCGCCGUCGCUGCAAGUGCUUUCGGAGCGCUUGGCCGCCGGCUUGCACAUGCUCGUCAAGGCCAACGCCAUGUACAUGCACGACAUGCCUCUCUCGACGUGGGAGACCUUGUUCAACCUCCUCGGGCUCGUGGCGCAGUACCCGAACGGAUGGCCCGCGACCCUCGACGCGCUCAAGCAGCUCGUCGCCGACGGCGUGGCCAAAGAGAUUGUCGGGCUCUGGACGGGCGUGUGCAUGCGCCUCGUCAACCAGCGCACGGGUUUGGAAGUGGACGCGCUCAAGCUUUUGUACGCGGUCGCCAAUAGCGACGCGGCCGACGGGUGCUGGAUCGACCUCAUGCGCAUCUUGCUCUCGUACCUCCAGGACGAGCGCCCCGCGGUCGCCCGUGCGGCGUGGGACUGCUUGUACCGGAGUCUGAUGUUGCCAGGCCACCCGAUUGCACCGUUGGUGUGGAAGGACUGCUUUGAAGAAAUCAUUUACACGCUGGACGACCGGUCUCGCAACGGACCCGCGAAAGACUCGAAGGAUCUGAGCUUGUACUCGACGACGCUCCUCUCCAAGGUGUUUCUGUACAACAUCCACACGCUCGCGGGCCUCGACUGCUUCCACACGCUCUGGCUCAACGUGCUGCGGCGUCUCGCGACCAAGUUGGCGCUACCGCCGAACGCAGCGACGUCGGUCGCGGCGCUCGAAGUGUACGAGACGACGCUGCACGCACUGCACAACCUCCUCGUGGUCAUGACGGCCGAGGGCAUUUUUGAGCGCACGUCGGCGCAGAGCCAGCAAGACGUGCUCACGCUGUCGUACGACCUCAUCCGGUCCGUGUGUCCGCAGGUCCUGGACCAGCUCCGCUUCGACUCGACCCCGUCGUCCGACGCCAUGAUGGACCAGAACCCGCCGCCCGGCGAGUCGGCACAAGUGGAAAGCUCAAUUACGAUGGAGAUCCCUGUCGAGACCGAGACUAAGAACGCCGACGAUGCGAACGACACCCGUGCAGAAUGCUAAGCGACAUGGACACGAUUGCCUUUCUU